AUGAACGGAUGUGAGUCAAACGGACUUCUCUAUCACCACCCUGUCUACACCUUCGCUAUAUUUAUUCAAGGAUUGUCGAGUUUUUUGGCAUUUCCAAUGAUGUUCUUUGUUUUUAAAAAAUAUGGUCACAAAGUUUAUUACCAUUCCAAUCUUUUGUUUCUGGUUGCUUUAAAUGCUGCUAGUUGUCUUAUUCUCGCUGGCCUCACUGCUUGGAGUGCAACUAACUUUUUCGUUCAAUUAAUUAUCAAACCAAGUCCGUGUGAUAUGUUGAUGAGAACAGAGUUCUGCUCGAAAAUCCGAGCAUCAUUUUUGUUUGCAUUUUUGUUAGUUUCGACUAGUCACGCUGGAAUUUUAAUUGAGCGAUCUUGCGCUACGAUUUUCGUGAAAUCUUAUGAAAAACAAGGAAAAGCUCUUGGGGCAAUACUAGCUAUUCUUGCUGUCACUGUAUCUGCUUUGACAAUAUACGUCGUUAUUUACAAUGAAGACAAAGAGGAGUUCAUUACAACAUGCUUGACAUUUUCAGCUUCAAAGUCGAUUGGAAAUCAGAUUUAUGCAAUGUUUUUUGCACAACUUAUUCUUGAUGCACUGGUAUCUAUUGUUCACUUAUGUUUAUACAAUUACAACAAACGUACCACUGGCAACAAUUCAGUGUCCCUUUCUGAACAGUUCCAACGCAAUGAAAACAUGAAAACACUCAAGCAAGUCACACCAUUGAUGAUAUUAUCGAAUGUUACAAUUGGAGUGUAUAUAUUUGUUAUUUCCGUAUUUCGUCUGAGCAAAAACUAUUUGCCUGUCAACUGGUAUGAAAUAAUUGCUGCGCUGUUGUUUAUAAUGCCUCAUAUGCCACUAAUGUUUUCAUCAUUGCUAUUUUUCGAGUUCUGCCGAGAUGAAAGAAGACUUGUCGCUGUUCGCAGAAAAAUCGUGGCUGAUCAAGAAAAUGCGCAAACUGAUCAGUUGAACAUGCUGAUUGAAAACUGGGAAACUAAGUUUGAGUCCCGAGAAAAUGACUCGAGAGUUGUCCGUGAGCACACUGCAUCUUCAAAGCUAUGCAGAUUUUUCAACAAGCGUCAAAGAACUAUUGCAGCAAUUUAUUGA